AUGAAUUCUGUGGCGUCCCUUGAGAACACUACAUUUAUUCGCCCCCCAACAUUUUACAUCAGCGGAUUGUACAACAUGCCACAUUCAAAGUAUUACUAUAUAUUUCUGUGCUUUGUGUAUUCUGGGACUCUUUUAGGAAAUUCUUUUAUAAUAGGCACUAUAUACCUGGCACGCACUCUGCACACAGCAAAGUAUAUAGCUGUCUUCAACUUGGCCUUGUCUGAUCUGUUUGGAAGCUCUGCAAUUAUUCCAAAGUACGCAGACAUGUUUCUGCAUGACAACCAGUACAUAUCUUAUGAAGACUGUCUGGCAAACAUGUUUUUCGUUUUUCUCUUUAUGACUAUGCAGUCCUUUACUCUGCUUGCUUUGUGUUUUGACAGAGUAAUUGCUAUAUGUUUUCCUCUGAGGUAUCAUGCUAUUGUUACCAAAACCACAAUGACUCUGAUCAUUGGUGUUAUGUGGAUCAUCUCUGCAUUUCUUGUUACUGUCCGUGUAGCUCUGAUUACCAGAUUGUCCUUCUGUAGAUCUGCCAUAGUUUACAGUUAUUUCUGUGAUCAUGGCCCCAUCUACAGACUAGCCUGUAAUGAUAAUUCUCUUAAUUACAUGAUGGCCUAUGUAUAUAUUGCUGUUGUGCUUUGCCUUCCAUUGCUACUAAUAGCCCUUUCAUAUGUUUGUAUUGGUUUUGCUCUGUGUAAGAUCUCACAUGGUACUGAGCGAAUCAAAGCCAUGAAAACCUGCACUUCCCACAUCAUAUUAGUGGCCAUGUUUUAUCUACCACUCUCUGGCGUUUAUUUUACUGCUCAUACGACAUAUAUAGAUCCUAAUACCAGAAUAAUGAACUCAGUCCUAGCACAAGUAAUUCCACCUAUGUUAAACCCCAUCAUAUAUUCUCUGAAGACAGAGGAGGUAUUGCAGUCUAUUAAAGUACUCUACAAACGAAUCAAAGUGAACUUUGCAAUGGAAGAGUCUGUGAAAAGUAUAGCAAAAAAUUAA